AUGCGUGUCACGGCAACCCUCCCCAGCGAGGUCGUCCAAUGCUUGGAGAACGCGCGCUUCCUGCACCUGGCAACCUGCCGCGACAACGUGCCGCACGUCUCGCUCAUGAGCUACACCUACCUCCCCUCCUCGCCCUACUCGCGCGGCCCCGUCAUCGUUAUGACAACCAACCCCGCGAGCAAGAAGAUUCUCAAUCUGUCCGAGAACCCAAAUGUCUCGCUGUUGGUGCAUGAUUGGGUCUCCCACCGCCCAACCCCCGCCUCCCAAGCCCGUCGCUUGUCUUCAGGCAACACCUCCCCUACCCGCGGCCUCCCCAUCCAACAGCCCCCUUCCUCCCUCGCUGCCCUCCUCUUCAACCUCAACGCUUCCUCCAUCUCCUCCAUUAGCGCAACCAUCAACGGCACGGCCCGUGUCGCGCCACAUGGGUCAGAGGAAGAGCGGUAUUACAGGGACGUGCAUUUGGCGAAUAACACGUUCGAUGAGGGCGAUGGAAGUAGUCGGUUUGCGAGCGGAGGAGAGGAGGAGGCGAGGGUGGUGGUGGUGACGAUCAGGGACGGGAGGAUAUCGGAUUGGAAGGGGGGUGUGAGGGAUUGGGUGCUUGUUGACGAAAGCGGGAUGGAUGCGCCGAGGGUCAAUGGGUGUUGA